UGAAAUCACAAUCUGGCGAUAACUUUAACCCCCCCGAAAAAAAAAGUUCCAGGGAACCAUCAUUAGUGACCUAUAUGAACAACCUCAUUUUCCUUUUAAUCAGACCUACCAUUUUUUUCUGAAUAAGUGACACAUUCAUACAAACUCUGUAGAAAGUUAAACCCUUCUAUCAUGUUAAUGAUUAGAUAUUGUGUUAAUGAUUCGCUCUGCAAUACAGUGAGGGGUGUGAAAUUUAGUCUUCCAAUAAAGUCUCUAUUUGUCUCCUUUCAGAACAAUGGAUCAUUAUUCUGGUGUCGUAGUCAUAAAGAGUGCGCAAAGUGCCUGAAUCCCUGUCUAGACGCUUGGUCCACAAAAAGCAAGAGCAAUUGCAAAGAGUCAUGUGAGAAAUUGUUUCCCGUGGGCCACUGGGAAUGUGUGGCCAGCUGUGAGUUCCUCCAGACGUUGAUGAAGGUGAAGCAAGGUGGCUGUCCACCUCCGAACAGGGCCACUGGCUUCGCGGCUGCCUGCGUGGACAGCUGUGAUCGCGAUGCACAAUGUCCAGCUCAGAAGAAGUGCUGCUCCAACGACUGCGGUCACACAUGCCAGUCUCCACAAGACCUUUACAAGGGGGCUCCUCUGAAACCAAGAAAGGAAAUGAACUUUGAGGAGGUUCUCCCUGGCCAUCUGGAGGUGCACUGGUCUUGCAGGUUCAAUAUCUCAGCUGAGCCUGUGGUCUACAUCCUGCAGACAAGGUGGAACUUUGGCAUUCAACCCAAUGAUGAUGCUGCUGUUUCCUGGCAUGUGGUUACACAGACCACAGAGCACAAAUCCCGUUUGAACGACAUCCGACCUGGCCGCUGGUACCAGUUCAGAGUUGCAGCUGUCAAUUCUCAGGGAACUCGAGGUUUCACCACUCCUAGUCGACACGUUCGUUCCAGCAGAGAGCCGUCUCGUCCUCCCGCACCAACUGAGCUAAAAGCGACCAACAUAACCUUUGCUUCGGUCGACUCGGUGAGAGUCACACUACACUGGAGCAUGCCUGAAGACCCCGAUGUCCCUGUUCACCACUACAGGGUCAGCUGGAGCUGGACUGCUAUUGGUCAACCCUCCGUUUCCUCCUUAGCCAAGAGGAGGAAACUAGUCAGUGAGAGGUGGGCCGUCCUAGAGGGCAUGCGGUCCAACCGGACGUAUUCCGUGAAAGUACAGGCUGUAUCCUAUUGGAAACAAAUCCAGCUGAAAGGACCUCGAGCUAUCGUACACUUCAGCACUCUGCUCAAUGCAAAGGCCCAAUUAAAAUCCUCCGCGGCUGACAGCAUUCAUGUGGGGAUACCGUUCUUUCAAAAUGGAAAGCUUCAGGUUCACAUUUACUGGCAGAGCAGCACAGACCCUUCAGUUGAAUACUACAAAAUCCAGUGGGUGCCAGAGUAUUGUGAGCACAAACAAAACGCAGUGAGAGAGAAGAUCAACACACAGGAAACCUUCGCCACCCUGCAGGGUUUGCUCUUCUCCUGUAAAUACAAAGUCUUACUGCAGCCUGUCAGCAGGACCAGUCGGCCGCUAUCCAGGAGCAUCUGUUUCCGUACGCCUUCCUGUUCUGCCGUCCAAGCCAAGAGUCCAAAACCCAUGGCCUGUCAUGGAGAAAGACUGACUCCUCGGACGGCUUUGAUUGAGCCAACCAACCUGACUGUUUCCUUCAAGCUACGUGACGGUAACCUAUCUGCCAUGUUUAACUGGGAUGUGUCAGCUGGACCAUCUCAACGUCACCUAACUGGCUAUCAGGUGACUCUGGUGGAGAUCCCGUCAACCAGCCAAUAUGACCAAUCCCAGAUCUUAACCCCGGACAUUAAUGUUCUGGAAGUUUUUGACCUACACCCUGGCAGUGUCUACAAGGUGGAUGUCCAGGCCCUCACUGCAGAUGGUGAAAGUCCAGCCAUCAGCAGAACCUUCCAGACUCCAGGAUUCCAACAUGUGUUCAGGCAUAGAAAAUAUGAGUGAUAAUCCAGCAAGAUGGGCAACAUGGCAGCAAUUAGCCAGUCACUGACCUGACAACCAAAACUAAUGCAGGACAUAGUCUCCCUACUUUUAAGGGUGACCUUAAGUAUAAGCUCCAGAAAUGCAACAGUCAAAUAAUUUUUUCCUUCCAUUUUUCCAAGUUGAAUAGCUUAUAUCGUAAAACGGUGAAUGAUAGUUCAUGUUAAUUAUUUCUAAGUUGUGUAAAUUAUGUACAUAAUAUUUUCCAUCUAGAUGUGUCCACUAAACAAUGAGAUAGCUAUUGUACAGAUUCAGUAUACAACCAAAUAAAUCCUAUGCCCACGUUUAGUGCAUGCAUUCUAGGAUUUGCCGCUUUUUCUUAUUUUGCCCCGAGGAUUGUUCCGCCCGUGUCCUUGGUGCACCGAGUCAAUGCAGUGAAAGGAUUGCAACAGGCUUCAUUGACUUGCAUGUGCACGCCACACAAGUUUUGGGCAACAUUGAUUCUCUUGCAUCAGCUCGGUCUACUGUAUGAUACAAUAGGGUCAGUGGUCCUAAUUUUUCCUUCUUUCUGGUGAUUUGUAUUCUAAGGCUGAUCCUGCACCUGUGGGAUGUGCAGUCUCAACUCUCCAGCACUAAAAUAGAAAGAUGACCCACAAAGGAGGUUCAUGCUGAAAUCAAUCAUUUUAAAGCACAUGUCAAAGUGCUUUUUAAAGGAACAGAACCUCCACAAGCUUUUCUGGAAAACACACAUGGAUCAAGAAAAAUAAUCACAUUAAAAUGUGUUUAAUGAAACUACACAGACAGGAGAGCAAAUUUGGGGGCUCUCAACUAAAUUGUGUAUGCGGCCCAAAAACACAGCAGCCAAAUCGCGUUGUGGACACCUGACUGCUAAUUUGUUCUGUCGGCUACACACACACACACAUGCACAGACACACACACACACACUCCUUUUUCAUCCGCCGGGAGGCAGUGUUGCUGUCUCAAUUGAAACGUUUCUCGUUUAAAAAUUGAUUAAAAGGGGUAAUAAAUGAUAACAUACGAUUUAAUUGUUUCACUUCUGCUGUGCCAAAUUGCUUAACACCUUCAAAAACACAGACAUUUUGUCUUCCCUCUUUCUAUCUUUCUUCCAGUACAUUUGAGUGCGUAUUCUACUUGAGAAAUUACAGUAGUCCACAUCUAUAUGUUGAUGUUUAGAUGUCCCUGAUGCUUUUGAUGGUUUGUUUCUUAUUCUGGUGUCUUGAUUCUGGUGACAUUAUGAAAUGUCCUGAGCAGUCACGAGGCAGACAACAUAUUUAUUUAUUUCCAUAUUUCUAUUCACAUUACAUUGAUGACAUGUAACUAUGUUGACGGUAUCAUAAUUAUGUUAGAAUAUGAAAUACUUACAAUGUUGAAUUUAGUGAAUUGAAGCUUAAUCCUGAAAAUGCAAUUAACCCCCUUGUCACCUACCUGCCAGAGGAUAAUCCCAACUGGCUUUUUGAGUGACACAUUAUUGCAGAGGUAGUUUAGGUUGAAUAGAAAAAAAACAGUGUACUUCCUUUUCAGGGCCAUGCCAGUCACAAUUUCCAGUGUAUACACUUCAUAUCUGGGGAUUACUUGCUAUUUCAGUGAGUUUAAAUGAUAUCUGACAGAAGGUGCCUGAGGUGAAGAUUUGCCCAUUUUCGACGCUCCACCUCAUUUACCUUCAUCCCUAAAACAUUCAGACAUUGUUGUUGGAGUUAGUAUCUUAUAUUUUAAAUAUCUUACUUUGCUUGAGCUAAGGGCUGAUGGUAAAUGUAUUUUGCUUCUCUUUAGUUCACUAUUUUUGUUUUCACGCCAUGUUGUCACCUACAGAGGUUUUAACAGAGUCACAAUUAGAAAGUACAUAUGGCUUUUUGGUUUGCUUUAUUUUCCUGUUUUUAUUGAUGGAUAUAUUUAACUGGAGAUAAUCAAAUGAAAUUCUAUCACUAGUAAAAUAAAGUGGAAAACCAAAAAAGAAAAACCUUUUGGUUGUUAAGGCAGCUGAUUUUGGCUCUGCUGUAUCAUGUUAGCACCGUCUGUAGCAUUGACUGAAGUUUUGAAAUGUCCAAGUGAAAAUUGAAUGAAUUACAAACUGAAAGAAGCUCAAAAAGGGGUGGGAAGGAAUUUAAGGGGAGAUCUAUCACAAUAACAUAAGAUGAGCAGAACCCCAGCAAGGAUACCUAAGGGACAAUAAGCUGCAUAAUUAGCCUGCCAAACCACUUGACAAACUGCAGAUCAUUAAGUGCCUCUGUCCUUAUGAUCAAUAUCCAUUUAUCUAAGUGCAACAACAACAAUGUUGUCUUUACCUUUUAGGAGAAAAUGUGCACAUUUAAGACCCAAAUUUAAGCAUUCAAUGAAGUGUUGUAAAGUUUUAGCAUAGGAAUUCACAAAAACACUUGUACACAUUUCAUUGUUUCAUAGUGACACAUGAAAUGCACAAAAGCCUUGCGAUACGUGUUUAAUUCAUUGCGUUACCAUCCUUUGAAUCAAAAAUAAUUGCAAACAUUUUUUUAUAUCUAUAAUAUUGUAUAGUAUUUCUCUGCUUCAAUUUGUUGAGUGUUAUCUUUCUACGUGUGUUGUUUCACUUUGAAUGUUCAACUAAUCAUUGUUUGAAUAGUUAUGACACUGAUGUUUUACUCUAUGGCAUUUCUCUUAUGUGUUUGCAUUAAGCUAGCAGACAAACACAAACUUGUGGGGUUGAAUUA